GCUCAGUUUAUAUUUAAGGAGGACGACCCUGCACCACACUGACUGUCUUGUUUCCACUGCUCUGUGAACCUAACAGGACACCAACUCAGCUGGUUUAAACCUGAAGUGGGCUCACCGAUGGUAUCAUUGAUGAUGCAGCACCUCCUGCCUCCUGUUGCUCUCCUCCUUCUGUCAAUCAUUCCCACAGAAACUAAAGUGGUGACAUCGAUGGCAGAAUGUAAUGAAUUUUUUCUUCAGCAAACUCCACCAAACAUCCCGGGAAUUUUGGAGGGAGGGAACAUCCUGGACCAGAACAGAUACAAACCCAUUUGCCAGACUUUAAGAGACAUCAGUAGGUUUAUGACACUGUACGACAUCCGCAACAAGAUUCCAGUUUUUUCUGCCGCAAAGUACGGAGGGGGAGGUGAAGGAAAGAAAAGUUUUUGGAAGGUUGAACCACAGCUUGAAAACACAGCUGAAGGUGACAAUAUGAUAAAAGCAGAAAAGAACAUCACCUACAUCAACCAGGCUGGAGACACUGAUUACAACAACAAGGAGGAGUAUACGAGAGGGCAUUUAUUUCCAAGCUAUUACAGAUCUGAUGAAGUUGAGAAAAGAUCUACCUUUACCCUGACUAACGUUGUUCCACAAAAAUUAAACUUCAACAGUGGAAGCUGGAACAAAAUGGAGCAUUGUGUCAAAUGCAUUCUCGAUAAUUACUGCAUUAACAACAACAAUAUUAUAGAAGGCUUUGUAGUGAUAGGAGCACAGCCCAGCAAUGGAAACAUCCUCAACAACAAGAUCAAUAUUCCUUCAAUGCUCUGGUCGGCAUUCUGCUGCUAUAGUGGUAAUCAGAACAAAUGGCUGGCAGGUGCACACUGGGGUGAGAACAGAGAUAAUGGCCACACAUAUCUGCAGACCAAAACCUUGGCAGAACUCAAGAACAUCCUGGGAAUUGAAGCAUUUCGGGGAACACAAUGUCCUAAUGACAUAACUGUCACUCAGCUUUACUUAAAACAUCCCUGUAAAUCCCACUGCCGACAAACAGAAAAAAGCCUUACUCCUCCUACAAGCACCAAUACCCCUUCGGUUUAAACACCACUUUCUGCCACAGCUGCAAUUCACAAUACCACAUCUGGCAAAUCUACACCUGGCCCUCCAAGUACCACAGCUAGUGCACAUAUAUCUGUUCAAAUUUCUAGCACGUCAAAAAUUUUAGAGUAACCUGCAUAAGGUGAUCAUUCUGAAUAACUUUGUAUUGAUUUGAUUUAGGCUUUUUUGAGAUGUAGUUACUUUUUCUUUUAAAUAAACAUAUAGCAGAUGA